CAAACUUCUGUUCCUCACACACAUACACUUUAUUAAAUUCAAAUCCAAACAAUUAAUAUGGGUCUUAUAAAAUGUCACCGCCGGUGGUCAAAAGAUCAAGAAAUCCAACCGGAAAAUUCCAACCAUCUUUCUUCACAAACAAGCUUAGCUUCAGUGUCAUCUUUAACAUCAAAACAACUACAACCAACAACACCACCGGCCCCCACAAACCACCAACUCAUCACUACUUUUAGAGCGCACACAUCUUCAAUCUCAUCAGUUACACUUUCAGGAAAACACCUCUUAUCCGGAUCCUCCGAUAACCAAAUCCGGGUCUGGCCUCGUGACCCGUUAUCUAUAACAUCACCAAAUAACUUAAUAAGCUAUGGAGAAAGUCCGGUUAAGUCAAUGAUAGUUUGUGGUGAUAAAUUAUUUACCGGUCACCAAGAUAAUAAAAUAUCGGUGUGGAAAUUAGAUCAUGAUAAUAAUAAUAAUUAUAAUAAUAAUAAUUGUGUGGGCGCCACACGUGUGGCGACUUUGCCAACGUUGAAUGAUCGUGUGACGAAAAUGUUGUUAGCGAAAAAUUAUGUGAAAAUACGUAGACAUAAAACAUGUACAUGGGUGAAUCAUGUGGAUGCUGUUUCGGCAUUGGCUAUGUCACAUGAUGGUAAUUUUAUUUAUUCGGGUUCGUGGGACCGGACAUUUAAGGUGUGGCGGGCAUCGGAUUUCAAGUGUUUGGAAUCCGUCUGGAACGCGCACGAUGACGCGAUAAACGCCAUCGUGGUGUCCCGUGACGGAUUCGUGUACACCGGGUCCGCUGACCGCAAAAUUAAAGUGUGGAAAAAUAAUGAAGGGGAGAAAAAACAUUUUUUGGUAGAUACUUUGGAAAAACAUAAGUCCGCGGUUAAUGCACUGGCGUUAACCGUGGAUGGGUCUGUUUUGUAUUCGGGUGCUUGUGAUAGGUCGAUAAUUGUUUGGGAAAAAGAAAGUGGUGGUGAUGAUGGCGGAGAUGGGCGGCACAUGGUGGUGUCCGGUGCUUUGAGAGGACAUAGUAUGGCUAUAUUGUGUAUUGCGGUUGUGGGGGACUUGAUGGUUAGUGGGUCAGCGGAUAAAACAGUUAGAAUUUGGAGAAAGGGUAUUGAUGGAAAAAGAUAUAUUCGAGUAGGUGUAUUGGAAGGGCAUAAUGGUCCAAUUAAAUGUUUGGCGGCUGCAGUGGAUAGUUGUACGGAUGCUGAUGCUAGUGGUACUAAUUAUAUGAUUUAUAGUGGGAGUUUGGAUUGUGACGUGAAAGUAUGGAAAGUAUGGGUGCCAUUUCUUUGAUAUUUUCUAAUCAAGUGUGAAGAAUUUGUUUCGAUUUGGAAAGUUGUCUUUUUGUAAAUGUAAAUGUGAAUUAGUGAAAAAAAAAAGAUAUUUUUUUGGUUA